GUUUGCACCGCUGUCCUCCAACCGCAGAGCCGACGGAAGCAGAGCCACUGUGAUCUCUUUAAACCAGCUCAGCUGAUCGGUUGCCGCUGCCGCCGCCUCCAGAUUCCACAGGCGAAGAACAAGAAGCUGAGCGACAUGGACGUGAAUAUUGCUCCGCUACGUGCCUGGGACGAUUUCUUCCCGGGCUCUGACCGCUUCGCCCGACCGGACUUCAGGGACAUUUCCAAAUGGAACAAUCGUGUGGUGAGCAACCUGCUCUAUUAUCAGACCAACUACCUGGUGGUGGCUGCCAUGAUGAUUUCCGUUGUGGGCUUCUUAAGCCCCUUCAAUAUGAUCCUUGGCGGCAUUGUGGUGGUCCUGGUGUUCACGGGCUUUGUGUGGGCAGCCCACAAUAAAGAUGUCCUCCGGCGCAUGAAGAAGCAGUACCCCACGGCCUUUGUCAUGGUGGUCAUGCUGGCCAGCUACUUCCUUAUAUCCUUGUUUGGGGGAGUCAUGGUCUUUGUGUUUGGCAUCACGUUUCCUUUGCUGCUGAUGUUCAUCCAUGCUUCAUUGAGACUUCGAAACCUCAAGAACAAAGUGGAGAAUAAAAUGGAGGGAAUAGGUUUGAAGAGAACGCCGAUGGGCAUUGUUCUGGGUGCCCUAGAACAGCAGGAAGAAAACAUCACCAAAAUCACUGAGUAUAUCAGUAAAGUCAAGGAAUAAAUCUAAGUUGGUGAGAAGGCUGCAACAGAAAUCCAGUUGCAAUGUGCCCUCACCUCCUUUCUAUUUGUGUUCUUGAAAUAGGGGCUGCACAUACUUUGAGCUAUCUGUGGCAGCAUUUGGAGGCCAAACUCUUUAACAUCUCUGAUGUUACAGAGGGAAAGCUUCAGAAAUAGAAAGAAACUGCCCUCCUAUUAUGAUGUCUGAAUUUUCAAGUGUGCUGACUAAAAUUGACUAAAAGUGAAUCACACAUUUCUUUAGGGGAAUAUAAGAAAAUAAAAGUAGUGUGGCUUGUAUGGUAACAACACUUUGUUCAGUAGGAAAAAGGUAAUGGUAGAGUAUCAAGGCAAUGUGACUAAAAGAAGACUGUAAAGGUGGAUUAUGUCAUGCAUUGGCCUGCUUUAAUCCCCUCUGGCACCCUCCAAAAAUAUUCCCUAUGAUUAUAAUAGGUGGGGUAUAAAUAAGUUUUGUUUGUAAAAUCAAAGAUGAUCUUUAUCACUUUGCCACCCGUUUGAUGUGCAGUUGAAAACUGGAUAAACCAGUUGUUUAUAUUUUGUUUACAAAUAUAAAGAUAGCUGUUGAGUAGAAUAUUUUGUCAAAUUUUUGUAAGUUUUCAAAAUAGUAAUGUGUUCUUAGGGAAGGUGUUUGUCACGAUGUUGCCUUCUUUAAGGAGGCUGGGUGCAACAUUUAUUCUUGACAGUCUUGUUGAAAAACAAACAACAAAUAAAACAAACCUUGAGUUCUGUUUAUGUUGCACAGUUUUUGUUGGUCUAAUGACAAAAAGGUGUCUAAUCUAUUGUUUCCCAUGUUUUUUUUUUUCAUUGUUUAAACUGGAACAUUAGAAAGAAGCUGAAUGUAUAUAUUUAUUCAUGGCUUAGGGGCACAAAGAGGACAAUAAUUAUUGAUCUUUUGAAAUCUGAAAAACAGCUUUCAAUAACCAAGCAAAAAAGACUUUUAAAAAUGGGAAUGAUAAAGGGAAUGAUCCCCAGCUUCUGCUGAUUCCUGAAAAUUUCAGACUUAUGUUUUUAUAAUAGACAUUAGAAUUAAGAUAGCAUGGGUUUAUUCUGUUCUUGUCUGCCUUUUAUUUCCCAUGUAUUUUGAAACAGAUUAUACAAAAUGUUUGCUUGCCAAUUGAGUGAUUUCAUAAAUGAGUAGAAAACAUUUAGGUUUCUCUGAUGUUGAUGUACAAUGACAACUGGAGCAGUACUUACGGAAGACACCUCCUGGUUGUUCCAUGCAACAGCACGUGCUGCUCCUGGUGUUUCUUCACUUUCAUUUCUUGGCCGACCUGCAGCCUCGAUCUCUAGCACAACAGGAUCACCAUAAUUGCACAGACAUGGUCUGGAAUUUGUAUCCUUACCCGAAUAUGAGGAAUAAAAUUCAUGAAAGACUGUU